AUGACUAUUGAUGGAGAAUCUGGUGAAGAUUCAAUUUUGAUAUCAAGGUUUGUGUUAUUUGAUUUUAUUCAAUUAUUUGUUGAAAAAAUCAAACAUAAUCAUAUCAUAAAUUUUUAUCGAAUUUUCAUCUUAAUGUGAAAAAUAAUUGUAUGUGUUUCUGAUGCAAAAAUAUAUACAUACAUUCAUGUAUUUUGUGAUGCGAGGGGAAAAUCAUAACUGAUAUACAAAGAUAAACAAAUAACAUAUGAUGUGACUUAUGCUCAGCCUUAUUGAUACCAAAAAAAAACAUAAUGAUACUUGAUUUUAUCAAUUAGUUUUGCUAGUCUAUUUUUUAGGUUGCUAUUUUUUUGGUUUCUCGUGUUUGUAAAAAAUUUAAAAGUUUUUAGAGUUUCGUUUUUUUCAAGUACGUAAAAAAUAAAACUGAAUAAACAGCAAUCAAAAAGUAGCAAUUUUUCACAUAAAUUUUGCCGAAGCCUAUUAUUUUUGUUCUAAAUUUGGAAAUCUGUUUUCAAAAAUUGAAAAAAAAACGUUGCCACUUGAUGAAAUGUUUUCAAAAAACUAGAUAUUGUUUUUUGAUAGGAACCAGUGAUUUUUGAAAAUCAAUAUUUCAGAUUUUGGAACAGUCUAGGAAAAACUUGAUUUCGAUGAUAUUCUGAAAAACCCGGAACAUUAAAAAAAUGUUGUUCUUUAGACGUAAGAAUCUGAUUAAUCUGCUAUUUUUUCCAUUUGAUAAAACUAUGAAAAUUUAAUAUCGAAUCUUGCUGCUCUCAUUUUUAUAUACAUCUGUAUAGAAAAGUUUUGUGCUCAAAAAAAGAAGGCGAUUUUUUUGUAUUCAAAACUACUUUUUCUUUCAGAAAUUCAGAAAGGUUUUCCUUUCAAAGACUAUACAUAUACCUAUUUUUAGGGUUCAAAUGGAGGAUAACAUGUUCAGUCCCACGAGGCAACAAGUCCCAAGAAUACGAAUCGAAUCAACACAUUCUACAUAUCGGUAGGCCUUUAUUCAGAUUUUCAGAACAAAUAUUUUUUUUUAGCCCUGGAAAAAUCGAAAAACUCAACGGAAUUUACACACUCGCCAUUGUCAUAGCCCAGGUGAAAUCUUUUAUUUUGAUUUGAAAUUGCAAAAUAAAUUUCACUUUUACAGAUUGUUAUGGGAGUUUUGGGAAAUAGUCUAACAUUGAUUGCUGAUGCGACAAGGGUGUUUGCGGAUCAUUUGGAGCAAUAUCGAUUUGAUCGAUCAGCAACACCUGGAAAGAGAUUGACAGGUGGGAAAAAAGAGUGAACAAGUUGAUAAUGAUAUUUUUCAGAAAUCAUAUCAGUUGGAAUUACAGUAAUAGUUUUAUUCGUGCUGUUUGUUGCAUAUAUUUUAUCAGCAUCAGCCAGAGCUGCAACUCUAACUUAUGAUGUAAGUUUGAUUCUUGGGUUUCUGAAGUGUUGAUUCAAACACUCUUGAUUUUUAUCGCAACGUUUCGAGUUUAGAUUCAUAAUCUACCCCCUCAAAUAUGUUUUUUGUUCUCUAUUCAACAUUUUAUGCCAUUCAUCAUUCUUAAAUCCCAAAUCCUUAUUUUUUCAUUAUCCAAUUUGCAGAUAAACCGAGUAUAUUUGAUCAUUGGAACUGGAUUAGCAAUGACCGCCAACACACUUCAAACAUUAUGUCAUUUCAAAAGUAAGACUAAAUCUAAUUAGAGGGAUUAAUAAGACAAAAUUUUAGCCUGGCGACGUGAUCAUACGUACACUAUUACGUUAUACUCAUUUUCAAAACGUAAUCAAUUGAUUCAUGGAUAUGGAUAUCAUUUUAUUGCGUCUUUUGUGCUCGUUUCGUCGUUUCUUAUCAUAGUUGAUGUAAGUACAAGUAUAAUGAUAUAUAAUUAACAGUGAACUUUUUCUUUCACAGAAAAAUUAUCUGAUUGCCGAUGUAAUUACAACGUAUAUCACGUCUUUGCUUCUUCUUUGCAAUCUUUCUUCAACCGGAUAUCGACUUUAUCAUGAAUACUUUUCAUUAGAACAUCCACAAGAUGAGUAUGAAUCUAUCUAA